AGCUGUGUUGAAAAAGGCAACAACAGCACCUUAGUUCUUGUAUCUCUCUGAAAAUUCCCUUAGUCAAUAAGCUUCAAUUGUCCCCUGAAGAUGUUCUUUCUAACUAAGAAUUUGGAUCAGUCUCGCCAUGAAAAGGAAAUUAUUGGAGAUAACUUCCCACAUAUUAUAAAAACUGUCCUGCUUUUGCUGGCAGGGAUAGGAACAUCUGCUCUAUGAAGAAAAAAAAAGUUCCAUGCAAAUUACAUAGUCAAAGAGGAGAAGGGAUGUUCGAGUUGAGUAAACCACAGAGUGACAUUAUUUCUUGUAACCGUACUGUGAGUCAGCACAUUUUUAAUCUUCAUGAUAAUAUAUGGAAACACGAGAUAGGGAAAGGCAUUCAUUUUAGCGUUUGCUUUUAUUUUAUAUUUUUGUGGGUGUGAGCCUGUGACUUCAUGGCAUCAUCAUCUCCCUUUUUAAACAAGGGUACAGUAAAUUGGGGAAAGCUGACUGGAAGGUGCAUCGCCCUUAGCUUUAGAAAGCAGCUUCCGCCCAAAGCAAAGAGUGCAGAGCAAUGGAACCCCAUGUUCCUGGAAGUUUGCACAUCAGAGUAAACAAACUUGAAGACUCCUCUUGAUAGCAGAAUUCAACCAGCCCUGUUCCAUUUUCUCAUAACAAAACACACCGCAAAAUCUCUCACAAGCUUCUUUGAUGAAGCCACAUGUAUUUCCCCCUUCACAAUUUACAGGAAGUUACUCUUAAAAGAAAGUGAUUCUGGUGUUUACUGCUUGUGUUAAAGGGACAGAGUUCCCUUUUUAUUUUUUGAUAGCAUUGGAGAGACAUAAAAAAGGCUUUUUAGCCAGUCAGGGUGUGUGAGUAAGAAUCAAGCCAAUAGUUUGCUUUCCCCAUGGAUACUCUUGGACUGUGAACAGGAUGAGGCUUCCUGGAGACCACACACUACAGAUCAUCAGGUAUUAGUUGCCAAAGAAAAUCAGAUCUAUUCUAAUGGGGAGCUUCACCACUUCAUCGAUGGCUUUAAUGAGGAAAAAAGCAACUGGAUGCGUUAUGUGAACCCUGCUCACUCCGUUCAGGAACAGAAUUUGGCUGCGUGUCAGAAUGGAAUGAACAUCUAUUUCUACACUAUUAAGCCAAUCCCUGCCAACCAGGAACUUCUUGUGUGGUAUUGUCGGGACUUUGCAGAAAGACUCCACUAUCCUUCCUCCGGAGAGCUGAUGAAGAUGAAUCUCACUCAAACACACAUCAGUUCAAAGCAACAAAGCACUGAGAAAAAUGAACUUUGUCCCAAAAGUGUCCCAAAGAGAGAGCAUAGUGUGAAAGAAAUUCUGAAAAAUGAUUCCAGCCAUUCAAAAGGAAAGAGCUUCUUCCAUCCUAACAUUUCACUCAUCACUCCAGAAAAGGACAUGGAUGACUUCAGGAAAAACUGCAGCCCUGAAAGGCCUAUAUGCCCUCGGGUUAUCUACCCAAUCCGAGUUCCCAAUGCAGAAGACUUGUUGAAAGCUUCUCUGACCUAUCGGAUGGAGAGACCUACUUACAUCACUCACUCCCCCAUCCCAUCAUCCACCACUCCUAGCCCUUCAGCAAUAAGCAGCCCAGACCAAAGCUUGAAAAGCUCCAGCCCUCAUGGUAGCUUGGGAGACACAGUUUCACCUUUGGCUCCCAUUUCUCAAGAACAUCGAGAAUCUUACCCUUACUUGAAUACACACUAUGGCACAGAAGGACUGGGGUCUUACCCUGGCUAUAUACCACCCAGUCAUCUUCCUCCAGCUUUCUUCCCUUCUUAUAAUACUCAUUAUCCCAAGUUACUUUUACCUCCAUAUGGUAUGAGCUGUAAUAGCCUGAGUACUGUGAACAACAUAAAUGGCAUCAAUAACUUCAAUCUCUUCCCAAGGUUAUAUCCAGUCUAUGGUAACUUGCCUCAUUCCAUGUUCAACUCGGCUCUUCCAAAUUCAUUGCCCUCCGAAGGAUCCCGGAGAUUGUUGCAACCAGAGCACCCCAGAGAUGUUCUUGUACCUGCACCCCACAGUGCCUUUUCUAUCACCAGCGCAGCCACCAGCAUGAAAGACAAGCCAUGUAGUCCAACGAGUGGGUCCCCAACUGCUGGGGACACAUCUGAACAUAUGAUACAACCUAAAGCUACCUCAACAAUAUUGGCUGACAACAGGAGUGAAGAAGCCAUAAAUCUCAUUAAAAGUAAAAGAAAUAUGACUGGUUACAAAACACUUCCAUAUCCACUGAAGAAACAGAAUGGAAAGAUUAAGUACGAGUGUAAUGUUUGUUCCAAGACUUUUGGGCAACUCUCAAACCUGAAGGUCCACCUCAGAGUACACAGUGGAGAGCGACCAUUCAAAUGUCAAACUUGCAAUAAGGGUUUCACUCAGCUCGCCCACCUACAGAAACACUACCUGGUCCACACUGGAGAAAAGCCUCAUGAAUGUCAGGUUUGCCACAAGCGAUUCAGCAGCACCAGCAAUCUUAAGACUCACUUGAGACUUCACUCUGGAGAGAAACCAUACCAGUGUAAACUGUGCCCAGCCAAGUUCACCCAGUUUGUGCAUCUGAAACUCCACAAGCGCCUACACACCCGAGAGAGGCCACAUAAGUGUACUCAGUGCCACAAGAGCUACAUCCACCUCUGUAGUCUUAAAGUUCACCUAAAUGGCUAUUGCCCCCUAGAUCCUACUUCUGGUCUAUCCAUGGAGGACCUAACCCGAAUCAAUGAAGAAAUAGAAAAGUUUGACAUCAGUGACAAUGCAGACCGGCUAGAAGACACGGAGGAUGGUACUGAUAUGACCUCUGUGGUGGAGAAAGAGAUCCUGGCUUUGCUCAGAAGAGAGAUGGACGGCGCCAACCUGAAAAUGUCUUUGCAAAGGAACAUGGGAAAUGGACUAAUCUCCUCAGGAUGUAACUUUUAUGAGUCAUCAGACCCGUCCCUUAUGAAGUUGCCUCACAGUCACCCACUACCUCUGUUACCUGUAAAGGUCAAACAAGAAACAGUUGAACCAAUGGAUCCUUAAGACUUUCAGGAAAUGAAAGAAGUGAUUUUAUAUAUGUAUAUAUAUACAUAUAUAUAUAAAUAAUUUUAAUUUAUGACUUGGCAAGUCAGGAUGCCUGUGGCAAAUUGUUUAUACAUUUGAUUCCAAUGCUGCAAAGCUUUCCUGAUGUUGCAAAUGAGUUCCCUCACACUUUUCUUCCAAUUCAAAGAAGGAACUUUGAAGUUAUUGUAAUCUCAGGGCAUAAAGACAAAAAGACUAUUAUAUGUAUACGUAUUAUAUAUACAUACAUAUAUAUAUAUAUAUAUUUGACUGUGUGUUUUAAAUAUGUUUGUAAGUAUGUUUGCGUAGCCUUUCCCAUUACUAAGACAAUCUCCUUUCUAUAAUUAUUUUUCAAUGAUAGUACUUUAUAAUUUAUUAUGCAACUUAUCAUUAUAAAAGCAAUAAUUAGAAAAUGUUUACAAUGACUGGAAAAAUCAUUGUAAUUUGAGUAUAAAUGUUUAUUUUUUUGUCUUAUGGCCAUUCUUUGUAGAUAAUUUCUGCACAUCUGUCUAAAUUAAGGUGAAGUGAAGAUUGGAAAAACAAAAAUACAUUACUUCCGUCAACAUGCCUACAUACCCUAAAGUUUUGAAAAUGAGGUUUUGUAUUGCCAAAAAUGUAUGUGUUGAAUCAUACUUAAGAUCAUCUAGUCUGAACAACAUUGUGUUGUAACUUGGGGGUAGAUGUGCAGAAUUACCCAAUAAUAAUUUGGAUAGUGGCAAUAUGGAAAGGAAUCCUGUACCUGCCUCUUUGUAGGUAGUCCAAACUUUUUUUUCCCUUACCUACAGCUCUACCCAGAAAGGUGACAUGACAGGAAGAUAGUGCCAACCUGACUUUUAUGCCAAUGAGCAAGGGUGUUGGUUGUCGGUUGGAUGAGUUUAGUUUGUUUUCAUUUUUUGCUUUUUUCCCCCCUAAAAGCAAUACGAAACCCCAAAGUCACCCUGAAGAUCUAUCACAAAUUACCAUUUAUUUAACUUUGCCAUCCCGGUAUAGCAAUUUAAAAUGUGAAGAUGACAAAAUGCCAUGUUUGAAACCACUGUUAAAAGCACAAGUGGUUUUUGUGUUUUUCUGGUUGUAAUUUGGGUGUUUUGUAUGUAUGAUGUAUGUUUUAAUUUCUAGAUGUCAGAAUUGCACAAAAAUGGUGCUUUCCCAGAAAGGAGUUUUGGGGUAGAAAGGCUCAAUCCACAUUUUGAGAAACUAAGCAAACAAAGAAACAAAAAAACCAAAAAUGGGUUAUUUUCUGGUUUGCUCUGGGUGGAAGUGGAUGAUGAACAUUCCUGUUCCAGCACAUCGAUUUUGUUUUGUUUUCUGUAGGAUUCAGAUUUUCCUCAGUGUUUGCAUUUGUACAUUUUGUGGUUAAUUUAAUUGAAGAUGAAAAGGGCAUUGCAAAGUUAUUCAACAACAAUUACCUCAUUGAGUGUGUCCAGUAGUGCAGGAAAUGCUGUUUUAUCUAAUGCUUUGCUACUUUACAGAAAAAACUCAAGUACACAGAAAACUUAGAAUGUGUAUGUUACUUUAUUUUUUGUAAAGUUUCCUCUAUCCUUAAAAUUUAAAAAUCAUUCUGAAAGAUUGGGGCCAGAAAGGGAAUGGUGGGAACAGGGUGGAAGAAUAGGGAAAGAGUCAUGAGUAUUGGGUCAAUUUAAGUACAUAUUGUAUUCUAUGUGUAAGGUGUGCAAGGUUCACUGCUGAACAUAUAGAUAAUGGAAAAAAUGUAUCUUCAAGGAACUUAAAAUCUAAUUAAGGAGACAACAUAAUCCAUAUAAAAACAUAAAUAGCAAUGGAACCAUAUUCUGGGAAUAUCAUACUAAUAGGGCUCCAAAAUUUAAGGAAGGGAGAGAACAUCACCACUUCUCCCUUUCUUGCACCAGUGCCACUGAAUGGUGGGCCAGAUGAAGACAAUCACAAAAAUUACUUUUUUCUCUCCUCCAGGCGCAUGAGAGCAUAAUUUUUUUUUUUCCAAUUUGCUAAGCCCAAAGAUCUCAUGUUGGCAUUCAAUGUGUAGCAAAGAAUGGUGUAUAUUUAUAAAGUUUAUUUAUGCCACUAUAUAUAUAUAUUUAUGUCACAUUGUGAGCCAAACCAUGUAAUAAAACCUAAUUUUCAUAAAAGAUGAAAAUCAAAUCUUUUCAGAGGACUUUGCAUCACACCUGAUGACCUCAAACCCAGGAUGAUGAUGUGUUGGGCAUUUGAAAGAAUUUUAAUGUGUAAGUGUAUAUGCUCCCUGUCUGUAGGUUAUAUAGACCAAAAGUGAAGACCCCAAAUUCUUGGCAAAAGGGAUAAAAAUCCCACUCCUACAUGAGGUAAUAUUCUAAAGACUAAUGGGUAUGAGUAGAAUAAAUCAUUUUUGAGUGUCAGGCACCUCCUAAUAGAGCUUUUAUUUCAUUUUGCCACAUCUGAGUUAUGUGGUCACACCUAGUGUCAAAAGCAAAUCCCAUUAUCACACCUAUUUACCACUCGGUGUAUACGUUGUCUUUAUAGUCUUAGUACUUACAGGUUUCUGAUCAAACCAUUUUAUAGAAAAUAAAAGAUUAUAUGAUAGAAAUGUCUAAUAGAAAUGACACUUAGAAAACUCAAUUUAAGAUAACCCAGGAAAGUAUGUAAGUGAAGCCUUUGCUGAACAAAUUACACAUACACAAUAUGUGUGUAUAUAUGCCUCUAGGAAUAGCAAGACUGACAAAUUGUAUAUGUAGCAAUGUGGUUAACAAAACAGUUAAGUGUAAAUUAAACCAAAGUAUCACUACUUGGACACUGGACACACUUUUCUUUCCUCAACCCCUUUUCCCUUCCCAACUUUUUUUGGCCUUUAGUGCUUUUGUGUUCAAAGUUUUUCAAAGAUAUCUAUAUCACAGCUUUAAAAAUUUUGAAUUCUCUUUCUUGUCCAUAGUUUUCCUGUUCCUCCCCUGUUUAGGUCUCUUACAUGUGAAUGUAGCAAACAAUCAGAAAUGGUUUUGCUUUUCUCAAAGGAAAAACUGACCAAAGUUAAUCGGCUUUUUACUUUGCUAGAAUAACAAACUUAUCUUAUGUUUACUACAAACUGGUUUACAUUGUUAUUUAUGUACAAUUGUCAAAAUGUAAAUUAAAUAUAAAUGUUCAUGCUUUA